AUGCGCCCUUCCACGGGGUCAUUCCCAGGACUAUCAGCAACACCACUUGGGCAAAUUACUCUUCCGGUGACCUUCGGAACAAAGGAUAACUACCGGAUGGAGAAUAUCUACUUUGAAGUCACUAUCUUCGAGACAGCAUACCAGGCCAUCAUCAGCAGGCCCGCGCUAGUGAAGUUCAUGGCUGUCCCGCACUACACCUACCUCAUGGUCAAGAUGCCCGAACCACAUGGCGUCAUCACCUUGCGCAGCGACAUCAAGCAGGCUUUCAACUGCGAGGCGGAGAGCUGCGAAAUCACGCAGCAGGCUGAAGCGCAGGCCGUCCGGGAGCAGAUACGCGAAGCUUCGACUCAUGAGACGGGGGACGAUGACCUACCGUUCGAAAAGAUGGCAAAGAUCACCUCCAACGAGAAGAAGCAGAUCACCCUCAACCCCACCGACUCGUCUAAAUUUACAUUCAUAGGAACUCAGUUAGACUCUAAAUAG